GCACUGCAAUGGGGAAAAUGGUCAAUGGAGACAAGGUGCUAGGCUAACGUUAGCGGCGAAGUAAAGCUAUAACACUGAUGGUAUUAGUGGUAUUAAUUCAACAAUAUUAACGACGCAACUGUCAGCUACACCUGAUCGUUUCUCGCCUCUUGAAACAUCUCCGCCACAUACUGCGAUAGAUACGACUCUUGAAUAAAGUUGGCGGCUAAAGCCAAGAGUCUUUAGCUUAGCGUCGCUAACUCAAGCUGCCGUUAGUUAACGUUAAAGCAGAUGUUUCUGACAGCGGUGUCGGAAAACAUGAAGCCCAACGACCUUCUUGUGGAAUAAAGAGCCACCUGGUGAUGGCGCCCUACUGGAGGAAGAGGUCCGUGAACGCAGCAGAGCUGCUGAGCUGGAGGAGUAGAGGUGUCAGGGAUGCUGGGACAUUAACCAGACACAGCAUGAAGGUCCUCAGAGGCAUCCUCCUCCAGGAAAACAGGACUUUCAGCAAAGUGUGGAGCAAGACCUCCAAAUCCCCAAUAAUGUACGAGAGUGGCAAAAUAUACUUUGAGAAUUACCAGAAUUGCUACAGCUGUGUUCAUGCUGAGCCUCAAAUUUUGUACAAAUUGCCUAAGAGGUCCAAACAUGAGAAAAUUGAAAAUGCCUUGCUGUGUCAAAGCCCGCUUGACCAAACAUUGUCCUCUGCCUCCGAUCAUAAACCUUGCCUCCUGGCUUUGACGGCCAACAACUGGCUGUAUCGGCUUUCAGCUGAAACGGGAAAAGAGCUGCAGAGAGUUUAUCUCUCUCCGCGCUACAAGUUCAGGUAUCUUGGCUGGGAUGUUUCGCAAGAGACGUUCUACGUAAAAUCUGUUCAAAACAAAGAUACACCUUUAGCAAGACAGGCAGGUAUCACUCAGAAUACAGUGAUGCACCUGGCUAUUUUUCAUGUUUUCCCUUUGCAAGUUGUGGGCAUCUUGGAGAUCAACAAAAAGGCAUUUGGAAAUGGCAUCACCGACGUCGUUCUGUCCCAAGGCGUCCUUGCGGUGUCUUACAGCAACAAGUCGGUGAAGUUGUACAGCUUUGAGCACAUUCUUCAAAGGUACCUGACGGAGACGGUAACACUUGGAAAGCAAAGUCGACUCCUUGGAGGCAAAACGGUGGGAGAUGAACCGUUUGGUGUCCCAAUAAAUAUCCAGAUCACAGACUGCCCCCAUGUACUUUUCGAGGUGUCGUGUUCAAGUAACGGUGUCCAGAUCGGAGGCUUCCCUUGGCACUACAUCCACACGCCGCCGCAUAAAAGACACAGCGGGACUCACCACAUCUGUUCACUCACAGAGAGCAUCAUGGCAAAAAACGGGAUACAAAACAUGGACUGCUUCUCUCUGGAGAGUGAUGAGAUCUUUUUCCAUCCGGACGAGUCGGGAAGAAUCGUCCACAUUGGACCCACCACCAUAAAUGUCCUAAAAAUCAUUGGUGAACUGAACAACGUUUUGCCGUCAAAGGUAGUUGAAGAUUUCUCGAUGACAACCCAUCGAAACGAUCCUGCCUCCCAAGUCACCGUCACCUCAUCAGGCCGCGCUGUGAAGAGGAGAUUUCAUCACCUGGAUGAUGACUCACACCAAGAGACUUUCCGAAUGGUGGAGUAUGAGGAUGAGCUUGACCUCUUGGCUGUGGUCACGACGAACGGCGAGGAAGGAGAAGGGAGAGCUCACGUCCGGCUACACGACAACCAGAGUGGGCGGUUGCAGAGGAAGGUAGAGCUGGUUGAACCCUGGGACGAGACUUACCGUCACGAGUUGUUCUUUGACAAAGACACGAUUGUUCACGUUGAACAAAAGAACUCUAACUUCUGCUGCCAUGUUUACAAACUCAAGGCCUCCAGGAAAUAAGUGGUGCUGCUGCAAACCUCUCAAUUUUAAGAUGAGUACUUCUAAGAACGUUGUGCCACCGUUCCAUACACCUGUCAGACACAACACUGACUAUGUUGUGACAAUUCAGUGAUCUGCUGGGACACUUCUGGACGUUCAUGUGGAUGUUAUUUAAACCCAUGUUGUGAUGACGCUCCUUGAUGGCAGCAGCCACCUUCAGCAGGAUGCGGCCUCACACAGGCGCACACGCAAAAAUGCUUUAUAAACAAUUCAAAUUUCAUUGUGUUACCAGACACCACAAGUGUCCCAUGUCUAUUCUCUGAUGAGUCAGAGAUGUUUUGGAGGCAGAAGGGACACCUACACGAUAUUAGGACAUAAAUUAGGUCAUAUCGUUAUGCCUAGUUGAAAAGAUUACACAUCUGGAUCACAUUUUUAGUGUAGAUUACAUUUGAUCACCAAUUUUAAACACUGCUUUGUAUAAUUGUCAUAUCUGUGAACCAUUUUUUUUUAUUUCUUGCAUUUCUUUCUCAAAUUAAAAUGUUAUAUUUUUCCAAA